AUGCCUCCCGCGCACUGCUUCCCGUUCACCGACAAGCUCUGCUUUGAGUCCUUGCUGAACUCGCUGUCGCCUCGCAAUAUCGUCAAGGUGGUGGCCGCGCUGCUCCAGGAACAGCGCGUUCUGCUCGUCUCCACGCAGAUGGACACGCUCACGCUCUGCGCCGAAGCCUUCAUCUCUCUGCUCUACCCGUUCAAGUGGAUGCACCCGCUCGUCCCGCUGCUGCCCACCCAGCUGAUCGAGUACUUGGAGGCUCCGACGCCGUAUCUGAUGGGCGUGACGUCGCAAGUCUACGACACGGAGGAGUGCUUGGCGGCGACGGACGGCGUGGUGGUGGUGCAGCUGGACUACGACAAGCUGCUGAUCCCCAAGAGCGUGAAGGUGGAGUCCUUCCCCAAGUCGUUUGUGAAGAAAAUGGAGGGCUUCUUCGCCUCGACGAUCCCUCCUCCAUCCACUCGCAUCCUCUACUGCGACUCCAUCAAUCCCAUGCACUCCGCCUAUCUCGUCUUCGAGGUCAUGUUCGGUCCCGGCAAGCUCGGCAUCAAGAUGAAAACCCGAUCACAGUGCCUCACCGAGGGCGACAAGGAGAUCGAGGUCGUCUAUCUCGAGAACGUGCCCGACGACGACGUCACCAUCAUCGGUCCCGGCCGCCGCGUCCCGCUGCUCCGCAAGGAGCCCGUCAUUCUCGCUGUCAACGGCAAGAGCGUCAUCGGGAAGAACCACCGCGAGGUCCAGAAGGUCCUCAUGGAGGCGCCCCGCCCGCUCACGCUCCGCCUGCAGAUCGGCACCGCGCCGCAGACGCUCGGCGACAACAUCUACCAGUCCCUCCGCACGCCCUCCGUGCUCAGCCCCGUCUCCGAGCUCCCGACGCUCGCCGAGGACGCGUCCAGUCCGGAGAGCGAAGAGAAGGACCACCACGACGAGGCGUCUGCAGCGUCUGCGGCGUCGCACGAACCCAUGUCUCCGGUGGAGCUCUCGCUGGAGGGCACCACGCCGGUGGAGGUGACGCGCCGACCGUACAGUCCGCUGAGUCCGCGCGCGGCGAUGGCGGCGGCGGCGUCUGCGGGAGGAGAAGAAGAGGACCGCGUGGUGCGGCGCUAUUACCGCGAGCGAAGCAAGCGAAGCCUGCUGAGCGAGGACGGGGAGGGAAAGCAGCAGGACGAGGGCGACGAGGAGGAGCUGGACGGAGAGGAGGGCCGGAGCAUCUUCGUGGAGCAGCUGCGCACGUACUUCUUGCUGGAGCUGGUGGAACUGCUGAACGGAUACGAGAAGUUCGUGCGAACGGAGGAGAACGUGGAUCCCGAGAAGGUGUUCAACACCAAGGCGUUCUUGAAGCAGGUGGACGAGGAGAGCAAGCCGCUGCUGAAGGCCAUCUGCAAGACGCAGCUGUUCUCGCACUUCGUGCACGACGCGUACGAGUACGACGACAAUUACGAAGUGCGCGUGUUCAACGAAGUGACCGAGAUCUACCACGAGCUCGGGGAGUACACCGAGGAGUAUGUGGUCGGAGCGCUGUCACCGGUCAAUUGGACCAAGCACGAGGUCGAUAUCGCGCCCUGCGAUCUGCGCGGACUGCCUGCGGGAUGGGAGGGCACGGUGUUUGCGCGGGAUCCGGAGCUGUUCCCUGAGCUCGAUAGCGAGCUCUUUGGAGAGCCUGUGAAGCGAAUGAAGGUGGAAAAGCUUCCCGACCAGGACACAGGCACGCUGAUCCCCAAGGAUCUGAAGGCAUUGAAAAAGGAGUUGAAAGCGAAGGCAAAAUCGAAGUCUAAAUCGAAGUAA